AUGCCACCUACUCCUCCCGACACUCCAACUGUCGAAAUCUCGGAUUGGUCCUUCAUGCCGCCCAAGCCUAGCGAAGUCAAACACCAGUACGAGCAGCCCAAAGUUCCCAAGAUCGUCAUCAAAGACCACAGCUCUUCCACCAUGACUACCAUCAGCGCCCCUGUCUCGGCCAUAAUGGACCUUUCCAUCUCUUCGAACCAUGACACCAACACUGUGACUACAUCUUCUCCCGCUGUCGAAAAGCCCAACACGCAAACCACCUCGAUGAUUCCCAUCAACAGAAACUCGGUUGGUCUCUCGAACACAGCCUCGUCCCCAUUCAGAAACAUGUCAGUCGUCCACACCACUCCUGCCAUGGCCACUACGGACUCCUCUUCGGCCAACUUGGUCAAUCAACCCACUGCUUCGGAAGAGGACAUUGUCCAGUGGUACAUCUACCACGCCGACCGUGCAGCUAAGAGCUUGCGCUACGACUUGCGUGAGAUUGACCUGAAGAUGGACCGCUUUGUUCGCCGCAUUAACGACCUGAACGCCCAGUGCGCGGCCCUUCAGGAUCUUAUGUCGACCAAUGCAUCGGCAGCCCUCAACCCCAACACCCAGCAGCACCGCCGUACUAGAAGUACUCCGGCUGUCCAGGGUAAUGACUACUACACCCGUAAGGAGAAGGAGAUCCGAGACGCCAUCAAGGAGGCCUUUGAGAGUCUUCGUUCGACCCUCACCUUCUACCGCAAGCACCGUGUGGCCCCACUUGAGCUCGUCAAUGCCAAAGCCGAUGUCGCUAUGCCUGGCUACUGGUCUUUGGAUGCGUACGGCAAGCGUCGUGCUCUCUUCCACUUCUACAAUCGCAACAAGGACAUCUCCAAGCCUGGCGACCGCGCUCACUACCACGACGCCAUGGCUCUGUUGGACGCUUGCACCGCCAUGUCGCUCAACCAAGACUUUGUCGACAAGAUUGACAGAUGGGAGAGUCAGAUCAGCGCCAUGAAGAGUGAGUCGGGACCCGAUACCGUCAUCCCUUGA